AUGUGUUACUAUGGCGGAUACUAUGGAGGCCUGGGCUAUGGUUAUGGUGGCAUAGGCUAUGGCUGUGGCUGUGGCUAUGGUGGCUAUGGUUGUGGCUAUGGCUAUGGCUAUGGCUGCUGCCGCCCACUGUGCUGUAGAAGGUAUUGGUCUUAUGGCUUCUACUGA